AUGGAUGUACCAGAGGGGAAUGGAAACCCUUUGGGCAAUGGACUCGGUCGAGCUAGGCAAACUCGACCGAUUGGUCUAGGAGAUGCUCCAAACCGCCAUCAACAAAGACAAGGGAUUGUUCCACCACCAGUGCAGAACCACAACUUUGAGAUCAAGCUGGGAAUGAUCAACCUUGUGCAGAACAAGAUGUUCCAUGGAUUGCCAAGUGAAGACCCCAUUGACCACCUUGAUGAGUUUGAUAGGCUUUGUGAUUUGACAAAGAUCAAUGGUGUCUCUGAAGAUGCCAUCAAGCUGAGACUCUUCCCUAUGUCUCUUGCUGACAAAGCUCACCAAUGGGAGAAGAGCUUGCCCCAUGGCACAAUCACCACUUGGGAUGAAUGCAAGAAGGCCUUUCUUGCUAAGUUUUUCUCCACCGGUCGCACAGCCAAGCUUAGGAGUGAGAUAUCGAGCUUCAUCAGAGGAACAAUGAGACUUUUGCUGAGGCUUGGGAGAGGUUCAAAGGGCUACACAAGUCAGUGCCCCAUCAUGGCUUCAACAAUGAGUCAUUGCUCUCCACUCUUUAUAGAGGAUGCUUGGCAAGGUAUAGAGAGAUGUUGGACACAGCCAGCAAUGGGAACUUCCUCAAUCAGGAUGUGGAUGAUGGCUGGCAGCUUGUGGAAACAUUGCAAACUCCAAUGGAAGCUAUGGAGAAGAUUGGAUAAGCUUAUCUUAGCUCAGUCCACAAUGAAGAAAGUCAAUUUUGUGUCUGCUGAAGAGAUGGAACCAGUCCAAGAAGGGGAGGAUACACAAUUUGCUGAAGUGUGCUACAUGAGCAAUGGGCAAGGAGGUUACAACAAAGGAUACUAUAAUUACAAGUCCAACCCAGCCAUGUCAUACCGAAACACUGAUGUUGCUAACCCUCAGGACCAGGUCUAUCCUCAACAACAAGCAAGCUCGAUCGAGUCAAGCCCCACAACAUGGGUAUGGUCCUAA